AUGGCGGGCAGUGAUAAUAUCAGCACCCACAGCCACAAGGAUUUCUACAAAGUUUUGGAGGUUGAUUAUGAUGCAAAUGACGAGAAGAUCAGAUUCAAUUACCGAAGGCUUGCUCUGAAGUGGCAUCCUGACAAGUACAAGGGUGACAGUGACGUUACGACAAAGUUUCAAGAGAUUAAUGAAGCUUAUGAAGUGUUAAGUGAUCCUGCUAAGCGACUUGACUAUGAUUUAACUGGAACUUAUGAGAUUGAUAAGUACACUUUACGGGAAUAUCUUGCCAGAUUUAAAGGAAUGAUACUUACGUGCAAUGGGCUGGGUAUUGGCCAUACAUCAACAUGGACAAAACAAGUGAUGGAAACUGAUGGCUUAAGCGAAAAAUAA